AUGGAUAAAGAUAAUGAGGAAAGAUUGGAAGCGGUGGAUAAAGAUAGUAAGGAAAGAUUGGAGGCAGUGGUUAAGGGAAAUAAAGAGGCAAUGAGGAAGCUGCGUCUGCCCGCUGUUAAUAAUCGGUUAGAUGAGGGGGAGAAGAAUCUGGGCGCGUUGAAGCAAAAUUGGAGGCUUCACGGAUUCCGCCACAUCAGCCCACGACUCCAACGAUGGCCCUCAGCUCCUCGCAACCCCACCACGGUCGCCUCGCCUGCCGUCGUCGAAGUCGUUGCUGCCAAUCCGGUUACCUGCACGGGACAGGCGCCUCUCGCCACCAUCAAGGCGGCGGCGUCGCCGCCGCCGCCGCCGCCGCCGUGUUCCUCCGUUUUGCCGGUGCCGAUGGCAGCUGAGACUGCCGUCACGCAGUCGCCGCCGCCGCCGCCGCCGCCGCCGCCGCCUGUUCAUCCGAGUAUACCCAGUGGCGGGGCGAGGAAAACACCCCGUGGGAAACCAGCCCAGGCCGCGCACCAUCACAGGGUAUUCUCGGAUGAGGAGGCAGAGCAACGACCUCUAUGGGCCAGGGCGGUGGCGGCGGCGACGGCCGGGGGUGUUGACGUGGCGACAGCGAGAGGCGCCCGACCGAUGCUGGUCACUGGACCGGCAGCGGUGACGGCGACGACGGCAGGCGACACCGCGGCGGGCCCGCGAGCAGCAGAGGCGCCGUCAGUGGAGUCGUGGGCUGAGGCGGCGGAAUCCGUGAAGCCUCCAAUUCUGCCGGAAAACAACCAGCGGCAGAAAACCGAGGACGGCACCAACGGAUCUGGUUUCGGUGUCGCUUGUCACUGCUGGAGGCACCUGAAAUGA